AUGGCGCGGGGCCUGGAGCAUGAUUACAUAGGGUUGACGGAGGUCCCGGCCGUGGAAUUCUCCCAGAAGCUCUCUUCGCCGGCGGCGGAGGAAGACGACCUGCUCGCCGACCUCAAGGAGACCGAGCUCACUCUGGGCCUUCCGGGAUCCGAUUCCCCAUGCCGGAGGAGGAUCAAGGGCUUCGCCUCCUCCGGCGGGAAGAGGGGCUUCUCCGGCGAUCUCGACGGAGAAGACAAGUGGACCUUCUCCGCCCUGAAUUUACCAGAAGCGGAGCUGCGGAAGAACGCCUCGCCGACGGGGAAGGGCGGCGGCGCCCCUGCUGCAAAGUAAGUCUCCUCGGAUGCCUCCGAUCGGUCGUCUUCCUCGAAGGCGCCAUCGUCGGAGAUGGGUUUUCCAUUUCCCAUGCUUCCCCGCCUGAAUCUAUCCUCCUCCAUCUCCAUGGUUACCCAUUCUCCGGAGCUCCGGUCUUCCUCAUUCCCUCCGUUGAAUCCAAUUAAAUCGGUGAAACUCUAAAAUCUCUUUUCAGGGCGCAGGUCGUUGGCUGGCCGCCGAUCCAAAGCUACCGCAAGACCACGAUGGCCGCAAACCCUCCGAAAACCCUAAACGACGAACUCGAGGCGAGGCCCGGCACCGGCUGCCAGUAUGUGAAGGUCAGCAUGGACGGCGCUCCAUAUCUGAGGAAGGUCGCUUUGCAGGUCUACGGCAAUUACAGGGAGCUCUCCUCCGCUCUGGAGGCCAUGUUCAGCUGCUCCACCAUCGGUGAGCUCUGCUUCUUCCCUUUCCUUCCCUUCCUCCCCCGAUAACCCUAAACCAGAAGGAGACGCUUCUUCCCCAAACUCGGACAUUCAUGAUCGUUCUUCUUCCCCAUGGGGUCCACCAAACUGGCCCUCGUUUCGUAAAUACUUAAUACGGUUACAAAAUUGCAUUAUUAUCCUAUUUUUCAGCUCAGUGCGGGAAAUACGAGAUGGAUGGAUCGAACGAGAACCGUCCGAUGGAUUUGGUCCAUGGACCCCAGUACGUGCUCUCUUACGAGGACAAGGACGGAGACUGGAUGCUCGUGGGGGACGUUCCUUGGGAGUAAGCCAAAUGAUUAUCCUAUUAUAUUAUUUAUUUUUAAAAAAUAAGAACCCUUUUGUGAUGCCAUAUUAAGAAUCUUCCCAUACUCCUAUAUGCCAUAAAAUAUAAUAUAUUAUUAUUAUUUAUGUAAAUAUUAUAAGCCAAUAGUCAUCUAUUUUGCAAUUUAUGUCAAAUAAAUCCCAGUUUUUAUCUUGGGUCCUAUGCAAAAUAGCUAUCUUUCACGAGAUACUUUAAUAAUUUUAUUAUUUAUGUAAAAUAAAUUAUAAGCCAAUAGUCAUCUAUUUGACAAUUUAUAUAAAAUAAAUCCCAAUUUAGAUGCCAUGGCCCCUUCAUUUUGUGAACUUUCUCUUGGGUCCUAUGCAAAAAUAGCUUUUUUUUUUUCAGGCCAUGUAAAGAUAAAUAUCAAUGUGGGCGGCAUAUUUCCUAGCUUUAUGAGAAUUUUCCAUAGUUAUUAUUGAUUAAUGAUCCCAAUUCCCAGCAUGUUCGUUGAUCUGUGCAAGAGGCUCAGGAUAAUGAAGGGCUCUGAAGCCGUGGGACUGGGCAACGGCGCAACCACCGACAAGAACAUCGGUCGGAACUGAAGGGGGCCCACCUCCCCAGCUUCGGGCCGGGCCGGUCGGGAAUGUGGUGAGCCCGGGCCCGAUAUGGCAUGCUGGUUGGUUGUAGUGCGGCUUUUGGGCAGGUUAAUGGAAAAAGAACCCUUAGAAGACAAGAAGGUAGUUCUCUUAACUACCAGCUACUACGACUACGAGGUGUCCCUGCGUUUGUGUAAAUGCUCGAGGCUCCUAUGUUGGAGCCAUAUGUAAUCUAUUUAUGGAAAUAUCCUCCUAAUCUUGAGUGGGCCCAUGACGGGCCUCAUGACGGGCCCAGCCCUCCUCAAUUGAAUCCGUCAUACGGAGAGAGAGAGAGAGAGAGAGAGAGAGAGAGAGAGAGAGAGAGAGAGAGAGAGAGUAAAAAUAUUGCGCUGGUUGGGUUGGCUUACGGCUGAAUGGGGCAACGGCUGAAUGGUUUCCAUAUUUGAUGCUUGGUCCUCAGUGGGCUACCAAGGUGGGCAUCGAGGAGCCACUAGAGUACGGAAUUCCCAUUUUUAAAAACCUGAUGGUACGUAACCCUCGGUGGGUUUCUGGUGGACGUUCAACUUAAAUAAUCAUUCCAAGGAGAAUAUAAUCACGGAAACGUGUUCCAUGGAUUGUCUAUUGAGAGAUUCCGACCCCUCUUUGUUCUCCCUCUCUCUCCUCUCUCUCUCUCCUGUUCAAUCACUCACUCUUAUCUAGUUCUCUCUACCUCUAUCCAUGUUGUGUGCGCCCAAUCCCCUCACGUCUUGUUCUUCUUUCUCUCUCUAUCUCCCAGUUCCGAUUCUCCCUCAUAGCAUUUGCAUUGAAGUACGCAACCCAGUUCCCAACAUAUUCCUAAUCAAGUUAGCCCCACCAGGUAAAUCUUAGAAAAAUAUGUUGAUCAAGACCAUGGAUCAUCACCAUGAUGUAUUAUUAUGAUCUCUGGCUCCAUCGUACACACGUUUCUACAAAUAUAGUUUGCCUCAUAGUUUCAUAAUUCCUGGGCAUCAUCUUAGAUAAAAUCUUUAAAUUCUAAGUAUUUAAAUCUUCCACAUAAUAUUGGAAGAGUUUUGGAGAUCAUAGCAUAUAUAGUAUGCAUCUUUGCCUAUUGUAAUGAGGAACCACAUCAACUCUUGCUUGAUUCCUUGAGAUAGUGUAGGAACAAACCCUAA